CGUCCAAAAGAAAAAGGCUAAAGAAAAUGGCAAUAUCUAGAGUGAGUUCGGUAUUUACAUCUCCGGCAAUCCGUCGGCGAUUACCAAUAGUGGGUGCUUUUUGUAUGCUCAGUUUAGGCUUUCACAAUCUUCAACCUUCUUCUUCUUCUCUUCCUCGGUUGAGUUUCGGAAAGGGAUUUAGUAGCAUAAGAAUGGAAGCAUCUAAUAAUAAUAAUACAGUUCCAAGUAUUGUUGUAUAUGUUACUGUACCCAAUCAAGAUGCAGGUAAGAAAUUGGCAGCAAGCAUUGUCAAAGAAAAACUUGCAGCUUGUGUUAACAGAGUACCAGGUGUUGAAUCAGUGUACCUGUGGCAGGGAGAGAUACAAACAGAUUCGGAGGAACUGCUCAUAAUUAAGACCAGAGAAUCACUUUUGAGUGCUCUAACCGAACAUGUCAAGGCGAAUCAUGAAUAUGAUGUGCCAGAAGUCAUUGCAUUACCUAUAACUGGUGGCAGCAUCCCAUACCUAGAAUGGCUCAAAAACAGCACUAGGGAGUGAGUCAAGUGUACUCACAAAGAAAGGCGUUUGAUAUGUGAGAUGAUGUUCCUUCUGGUGUGUAAAUUAAAUGAACAAAGAUUCUAAGAGAGAUGAUUAUGCUUGUAUCUGGUAAUUAUUAGGAACCAAGGUUUGUGAUCAUAACAACCUUGAUUGAAA